UUUAUUUUAAAUCUGUCAAGUAAAUUAGUAAAUUUUUGUUGACAAAUUUUAUUACGUUUUCUUCAAAAUCAAAAAGUUUGUUUGUUACGCUUUCGUAAAGAAUAAAAUCGAGUUUAAACUUUUUGUUAUUCUCCACUAGUGAUAUUAUAAAUAAUUUGUGCAACUUUGAAAAUGGGCAUACCAGCUGGUAAUGCUGCAAAUGGCAAAAAAAUCUUUAUGCUAAAAUGUGCCCAAUGCCAUACAGCCGAGUCUGGCGGCAAGCAUAAAGUGGGUCCCAAUCUUCAUGGCGUGUUGGGUCGUAGAAGUGGUCAAUCAUCGGGUUAUAUGUAUUCCGAAGCCAAUAAAAAUAAGGGUGUUACUUGGACUGAAGAUGCCAUGUUUGAAUAUUUAGAAAAUCCUAAGAAAUAUAUACCUGGCACAAAAAUGGUAUUUGCCGGCCUCAAAAAAGCCGAUGAGCGUGCCGAUAUUAUUGCCUAUCUUAGGAAUCCAAAUUAGCUUGAAUUUGUUUAUUUAUUGAUCACAGGCUUUGAAUAAAAUUUUGUAUACAAAUAAUAA